CAUUUCAAUAGAUUUAGGGCCUUCUGAACGGACUCUUCCAGGUUCCAAUUAAGCAGAAAUGGCUCUCUCAACGGCCUCUGUGUUCCGCAGGUAUCAUGUUCUGUCGCCACAGCUUCCUUUUACAUCUUCAUAUUUAUCUUUAGGACUCCAAUGCAGCCGCAAAUUCAGCGUCUUUGCCGCUCAGUCAAUGACAGAAGAAUCAACAUCGUCUCUGAUUUCUGCGGCAGCCCAACCGCAGAACGUUCGGUGGAAGCCGACGUGCUUGUACUUCACUCAAGAUGGAUGAUGUGACACAUACCGAGAAGUUCAAUCAUAGUUGCUCCGUGGCUGGGAAGCUAGCCGCCAAUGUUUUGCAAUCGAGGAAAUUGCUGCAGCAGGGUUUAGAUUUUCUUCUCGUGCUCGAUUUGGAAGGGAAAGUUGAAAUACUUGAAUUCCCCGUACUAUUGUUCGAUACGAAAACCAUGGAUGUUGUAGAUUUCUUUCAUAGGUUUGUCAGGCCCUCAAAAAUGAGCGAGCAAAGAAUAAAUGAAUAUAUAGAAGGAAAGUAUGGAAAAAUUGGGGUUGACAGAAUAUUGUCAAUUCAUGCAAUUUGCGACGCGACUUUCACUAUGGGUCAUCCGGAAAUAGUCCCUUUGUGCUUUAGUACAGGGGUAGGACUGCGCACAUCUAACUCCCCCUUACCCCACCGAAAGUGGGAGCAUGCUGAGGGUUUGGCAUGAUACGGCAAUCCCUUUCGGAGAAGUUAUCAAGCAAUUUGAAACUUGGCUAGCUAAGAAUGAAUUGUGGCAAAAGGGGUGGGAUGGCUGCCUAAAUAAGGCUGCGUUUGUGACCUGUGGGAAUUGGGAUUUGAAAACAAAAGUUCCGCAGCAGUGCAAACUAUCAAAGAUGAAGCUUCCGCCAUAUUUUAUGGAAUGGAUCAAUCUGAAGGACAUAUAUCUGAACUUCUAUAAGCGAAGGGCCCCAGGGAUGCUUUCCAUGAUGAGGGAACUGAAUAUUCCCCUUUUAGGCAGUCACCAUCUUGGUAUAGAUGAUUCCAAAAACAUUGCAAGGGUGUUGCAGCAUAUGCUCAACGACGGUGCUUGCUUGCAAGUAACUGCAAAAAGAAGUCAUGUUUCUCCUGAAGAAGUUGAGUUCCUCUUUGAAAAUCGUAUUAGAUAGCUGGGAAAGUAACAUAGAAUCGUAUUUUAGGUUAUUUUGGCCUUGUUUCACGGACUUGUUUUAUUUGUCUGUGACCGUGUCUAACUUUAAAGUUGCACUGUAGUUCUUUGUGUCCAUCUUUACUUCUUCGUCUCCUUUUGCAACGUAUACUUGCACAACUUAGAUGUAUUCACGGUGCUUGUAGUCUUGUACAUCAAUUGACAACACAAAUUUACAUAACUUGUCGUUAACUUGAAAGUGGUUUC